CCUUCCUCUCUUCCAUUUUUCCUUUGAUUUGCGGUUGAAGGAGCUCAUUUUGCCGGAUCUGAGAGAGAGAGAGAGAGAGCGACGGGAGAGCGAGAGGUUACCGAAGUUCGCCGCCGGUCCCGGAUGCAGCGUGCCCCACACGUCCGCCUGUGCUUGCCGCCCCCGUGCGUGCCGCCCGCCCGCGCGCAGCAGCCUCCCACUGCGCCCGCCCCAGCUCGCGCUGCCCGCCAUCGCGAUUGCCUGCUAGCGCGCGCCACCCGCGCGCAGCUGUUGAUGCUCUUAGGGUUCCUCCGCUAUCACAGCCUCCCCCCCCCCCCCGCGCGGUUAUCCUCCGCCCUCUCCACCCGCCAUUUCUCCAACGGUUCUCGCCUCGACACCCAACCCAUGCGCUUGUCCUUUUUAUUCCUCGCCGGUCCUGGAAAUCGGCGCCUAGACCUAGGCCGCUGCCGCCGCCUCAAGGGCGGAUCCACCACCUGGGCGGCCAGGGAUCCAACCCCCCCCCCCCUCCCGACGUGCAAUCCUUGGAGCCCCCCUCCAAUAUUUUGCCAUGGAUAAGGGAGAGGAAGAAGAAGAGGAAAAAGGGGAAGAUGAGCCCCCUCUUUCCAGUUGUGCUGCGUCUGCCACGGGCCACCUGGACCUCGGAACAAGCCUCUGCAUUGAUCCUGCGGACCCGAAGGUGUGCGUCAUGGCAGGGAAAGGACAAGGCAAAUAUGGGAAGAGGGACAGGGAUGAGGAGGAUACUAAGCCUGCCAUCAAGAAACCCAAACUCCAGCAAGUGGUAUCACUUGGACACGGAUGGAACUUAAAUACAAGGCAUGCAGAGCAGCUCUCAGCACUAGCUGCUCUGUUUACGACAAGGAAGGUUGGAUUUAACACUACUGAUGACAAGGCUGAGGUACCUGAGGAUGCUAGCUCCUCUCAUGGGCUUUAUAUGGAGAUCUUUGACAGUGGGAUAAAGAAAAUGACUCGGUACUUUCUGUGGGUGAGCAACAGAGCGAAAGAACUGAAAAUCAAGUUGGAGCUUCUUGCAGUCCUUGGAGCUUCACUCGAUCUGGAGGUAAAGAAUCCAAUGGUAGCUUUCUCUCAAGGCUUUAAUGAUUGUGAUAAAUGGGAAGGUGUCAAGUCGCUUCUGUUUGAGCUGUUUGGUCGACAGGACCCAUCCUGUGACGGCGUUGCUGAUUUCUUGUAUGCAUUCACAAGGACAGGGGAAAAGUUUCACAUGCGCAUCUAUAAGAUACAAACUAUGACGGAUUUAAAUGCAGAUACAAACUAUGACAGAUCCGGAGGAUAAAAGGAUGAAAUUAGAGCAGAUAAAGACCUCCUUUGUCUUGAAGCCAGUAAGAAUGUAUCCUUCAGAGACAUCCGAUAUAUUUCUGGACGAGGAUAAGCUUAACAUGUUUCAGAGUAACUAUAGGCAUGGGCGAAGCUAGAAAUGGAGAUCCGGCCUUCAACUUGUAUGUCAACAAUUAUUUCGACAAGGAUAGUACGUAAAAAGAAUUUCAUGUUGGAAAUCCAUUUAAGCAGAGCACUCUCUGUCAACAAAUUUGGCCAGUAGCAGAAAGUGGACUGGCUACUGACAAUAUGAGCUAACCUACCUGACCUCUUUUAUCGUCUCAUAUCAAUCCCACUCCUCGGUUUCCAAUUUCAACCGUAAUAAUCACAAACAAACAUAAAUAUUUCCUCCAGAGUAAUUGAUUUAUCAGUUGUAGCAAAGCAAAUGAUAGAAUGCAGCGGGAUCCUCUACAAUUCUGUACAUGCAAAGCCGCCAAGGGGAUGAGGGUCACACUCCAUCAAUUCAAAUUCCACAGCAAGUAGAUGAAUGUUGAAUCUGCUUCGUUUGGAUAAAUAGCUCGAUCAAUAGCUAAAGUCAAAACACACACACAUCACAGAGCUGUCAAAUAUUUCACCCCAUGACCUUAAUACUACUGUCAAAAAAACUCCAGCUCGUCGGUCAUUAACCGGCCCAACAAGCGCCUCCUCCUUAUUUCUCAUCGCCUUCUUCAAACAUAACAUCAGCCUCCGCUCGGAAUAAUGCGCUAAACCAACACAUGGAUAGACAUAUUCUGAGAUAAUACUAUUAGGUCAAUAAGAGAGGACAGUAAACACAAUAUCUUUCGUAUGAAGCCUUUUCUUUAUCCAAUGGGCAGUUACUAUUCUUGACAAUAAUUUUCUUUUCAUAUACGCGGGUCACCCUAGUCUGAGUUUCCACUACACAUCACAAAACAAAGAUGUCACCACCAGAUCAACUUGUUUUUGUGUCAAACUCCCUACACUCAUCUGGAGAAGACAGAUUCAGUUCACUUCAAUUAAAAUUUUGUGAAUCUCUAUAAAACUUAAGGGACGUGCGUGUACCUUGUUUGCAAAUUUUGAAAGAUGAUGAUGCACGUUUCUGUAUAUCUUGAAGCAUUGCUGGAUACCACACAAUUGAUCCGCCAGAUUCCUGUUGUUCCCUGCCUAAUACAUUUACUCAUAUUUUUGUUUUACAUAGUGAUCCUUCAACUUCUGCGGGUUUGACUUGACCUCCUCUUUUAAGCCACACUCUCUGCAGUCUGCCAUGAGCCAAAUGUGCUAGACUCUCUUAUCCAAUUCUUUGAAAUCAGGGAAGCCUUUUCCCGCCUCAUUCUGUUGUGAUGCAUGGUUAAUAAGAUCAGCAAAUAGAACAUCUAUUAUGUGGAUCUUUCCCUCAACAGCUAUUCAGGCAACAUGGUUUUUAGCGAUGACGUAGUUCUUGAGAGUAUCAAUCUUAGUCUCCUUAAUAGCCUUCAAAAGACAUAGAAUAUGUACCAAAUCAACAGGGAAUUUCACUUCAACCAGACCCAGUUGAUUGAGUUUACUAGUAAUGAUUCCGGCAACUUGCCAUAGAUUUUUAUUAACUUUUUCAACAGUAUAAUUUACUAGCUUGACGUCCAGGAUUCUCACUAUUUUGUCUCUGAAAAAAUGUGUUCUUCUUCGAUCUUUUCGAAACAAACCAUCGCUUUGAAAUUCUCUCCACUUCUCUCUCCGCCAUCAAGCUAGUAAAUUUCAAUGCGAUGCUUUAAAGUGGAGAGAAUUUCAAAGCGAUGGCUUGUUUUGAAAAGAUCGAAGAAGAACACAUCUUUUUCAAAGGCAACAUGGUGAGAAUCCUAGGCGUCAAGCUAAUAAAUUAUACUGUUGAAAAAGCUAAGAAAAAUCUACGGCAAGUUGCUGGAAUCAUUACUGACAAUCUCAAUAAACUUGGUCUGACUGAAGCGAAAUUCCCUGUUGAUCUGAUACAUAUUCUGGGUCUUUUCAAGGCUGUCGAGGAGACUAAGAUUGAUCCUCUUAAGAACUGUGAUAUCGACAAAAAUCAUAUUGCCUGAAUGACUAUUGAGGGAAAGAUCCACAUGAUGGAUAUUCUAUUUGCUGAUCUCAUGAACCAUGCAUCGCAACAGAAAGAGAGCUUCCUUGGGUGGAAAGAAUUGGGUAAGAGAGUCCAGCGCAAUUGGCUCAUAACAGACUGCAGAGAAUAUGCUUUAAAGUAGGAGGUCAAGUCAAACCCACAGAAGUUGAAGGAUUACUAUGCAAAGCAGAGAGAUGGUUUAAUGGAUUGGGUAGGGAAUAAUAGGAAUCUGGCUGAUCAGUUGCGUGGUAUCCAGCAAUGCUUCAAAACGUGCCGAAACGCGCAUCAUCACCUUUCAAAAUUUGCAGACAAGGUACAUGCAUAUCCAUAAAGUGUUAUAGAUAUUCACAAAAUUUUAGUUGUAGUGAAAACUGAACCUGUCUUCUCUAGUAGAGAGUUUGACACGAAAAAAAGUUAAUCCGGUGAUGACGUCUUUGUUUUGUGAUGUGUAUGUGGAAGCUCAGACUGGGGUGACCCACAUAUAUGAAAAGUAAAUUACUGUCAAGAAAAGUAGCAGCCCAUUGAAUAAAGGUAUUUUGUGUUUACUGUCCUCUUAUUGACCUAAUAGUAUCAUCUCAAAAUAUGUCUACCCAU